UUCAACAAAAUGAAACAGGUUCUUGCAGUGUUGAUUUGUCUCAGCAUUGUCAACUUUGUUGUGUCAGGAGCUCCUACUCAUAUACUGACCAGCUGUUGCAGGAAGUAUUCAAAGAAAGUCCCCUCCAUCAACAGAAUCCAAAGAUAUGAAAUACAGACAAAUAAUGGCCAUUGCAGGAUUGAUGCUGUAAAAUUCACAGUUGCAGGCAAACGCAUCUGCUCGGAUCCCAAAAAUAAACGGGUGAUUGCAACUUUGAAACAACUCUCAGAAAAGGAACAGAAGAUGAAGAUGAUGCUGAUUCUCUGGGACUAAACCACCUGUAGAAUGAAUGAAGUUUUCAAGAAUAAUUUUUCUACUUAAUAUUUUGCUUUCUCAUAUUUUACAUAUUUACUUGGAAAAUUCACACAUGGAAAUAAUGUAUGCAUAAAUGCCCUUAAAUUGUGAACUGGCUUCAUCUGAAAUUGAUCAUCUCUUUGGCAUUUGAGCUGCUUCCACACAUCACCAGCACCACUUCCGCAAGGUCAAUUAGAGUUAGGCAUGCACGUCCCCAAAAAAUGAAUACAUUUUUAAAAAUUGGAUUGACCUCUAUGCUUCUAUUAGUGCUGUGCAAUAGUAGUUGAUCAAAUGUAAGAUUGGUACUUUCUCACUGAUUAAGAGUCAGAUCUUUCACACACUUACAUGAAGUUUUCUGAGUUAGUCUCCCAAAGACUAAGAUCUCCAUCUGAAAUAGCAGACCUUGGAACCUUAAUGCUGCCUGUGUGGAGCUUCACAAGUAUAUGUGUUCUCGUUUCCACUUUAGCCAAAGGGGUUUACAAAGCGCUACAGUACUGUUACUUACUUACAUAUAAUGUACUAAUGCUGUUCUACGUAAAACAGAAUCUUAGCAUAAAGGGACCACACACAUCAAAGCAGUGAUAUUUUAUUAUUUCUCCAUUUAAAAAGGCUUCACUGACAGGGAAAAGUCAUUUAUGCCAUGUUAACUGUUUUUGUUUUCAGUAACAGAUUGAAUGAAGGCUGGGCCCCUUUAAACUGAGUGGACAGAAAAGAAUUGAUUUAUUUUCAAGAUUGGUUGCAAAAUAGCUCACAGACUUUGCUAAUGGAAAUAUGCUGAAAUGUUAAGCUGCUGUUCAAUGCCACUUUUGUAAUACUUUAUAAUGUCCCACAAUGGAGCGGCACAGUAGUGAUCAGGGUUCGAUUCCCAUUGCUGUCUGUAAGGAGUUAGUACGUUCUCCCGUUGACUACGUGGGUUUCUUCCGGGUGCUCUGGUUUCCUCCUACAUUCCAAAGACAUACGGCUAGGUUAAUUUGGGUUUAAAAAAUGGGCGGUGUGGGCUCGUUGGGCCGGAAGGGCCUAUUCCCACGCUGUAAAUAAAUUUUUUUUAAAAAAAGACGGUAUUUCUGCUUAGAUGGCAAAAUCUAAUUAUUUAUUCUGACU